AUGGUCGAUAUCAAGGGAUGCACGAUCAGGGAUGGAUGGCUUCAGCCGCUCAGGAGACGGGCCAGGGCACUGCGCAGGAUUGGCAGCAAAGGGCUGAGCAGGAGGCUGGACAGGGCACAGCGCAGGAUUGGCAGCAGAGGGCUGAGGAGAACGCUGGCCACGGAAGUGCGCAGGAUUAGCAACAAGGAGCUGAGCAGAACGCUGGUCAGGGAGCUGCGUAGGAUUGACGACACAGAGCUGAGCAGCAAGCUGGCCAGGGAGCUGCGCAGGAUUGACAACAAGGAGCUGAGCAGAACGCUGGCCAGGGAAGUGCGCAGGAUUAGCAACAAGGAGCUGAGGAGAACGCUGGCCGGAGAAGUGCACGCCACUGGCUCCAGGAGCCGGUGCCUGUUUCUGACCCCACUUCUUUCACCAGGUGCCUACGUCUGCGUCGUCUGUGGCAAGCGCUACCGCCACCAGAUGUCCCUGACGCUCCACCGCAAGGUCCACGAAGGGCUGACGAUAUGCCCUCUGUGCGGCACCGUCUCCAGCAAGGUCCACCUGAGGAGACACCUGGAGAACGUGCACCGUCUGGAGCAGGAGCAGAUCUAUCGGCUGGUGCCGAGCAGGCUCUCUCCGCUGGUUGCAGGCUCUGGCGCCGACUUCGUCUGCACGCUCUGCGGCCAGCGGUAUCGCUCCCAUCGCUCGCUCAUGUCGCACACCAAGCUGCACCAGGGACUCACUGUUUGCCACCUCUGCGGCAAGGUCUCCAACAACCGGCCCGACCUGCGGAAGCACUUGACGAUGGUGCAUGGAUUGGUUAGUGAGGAUGUGCAGGCGUACGUGCCCGAUGGCAGAAGACGGGGCAGCUAG